AUGUAAAAAUCAAAGGAUUCUACUGAUGAAAUUUCAGCCAAAUUCAAACUUCUUAGAUUGACCCUUAUUUUAGAGAAAUAAGCACUAAAAUCUCCACUAAACAUACUCAAGAUCUACACUAACAUUAAGUGGAGAUUCUGUUAGACUACAGACUUUGAUUACCAGCCAAAUUAAUGGAAUGAAAUCCGUCUAAAUCACCAUUGUGAAUCAUCCCCCAAUAUAUCUAAAAAGAGCCUUAAAUAUGCUGUGUAGGAGGUCUAAAUUAAAAACUAUACAGAGAGAGUUCAUAAUUCUUAAUUAGAAGGAAGAAGAACUUCUUAAUAAUUGGAAUAAAUGGUAGAAUUGGCCAGAGUGAAUAGUUAAAAACGUAAUUCCAUAAGGAAACCCGUUAAUCUCACCAAGGAUGUCUACCAAAACAUUUACGAAUUUUGUCUUCUGUUCAUUUUCUUUGGCUUCAUUGGGUCUAUGUACUAUGUGAUAAGUCAAUAACUCAGGAAACAAUGA